GACUUUGCAUCGGCGCCAUGGAGCUUUCUACUCACUCGCCUCAUCUCAACAUCUGCAUUCCUUCUCAAGGCGUUGUUCCCUCGUUCUCCGCGGCUUUCCCCUCUUGCUUACUUUGGACCUGGAGCAACAAAACGCCUCCAUUUACGACUUCCUUCUUUCUCUCUCUCUGUGUACCUCUUCACAUCUCAAUGUCUCUCUCUAUCCAUCACUUGUUUAGCAAUGAAAAACACGACCUUGACGACCCGAGACGGCUGGUGUUUUUUAUUUUAUUUACCCUUUCUCCUGGGCCUUUUUUUUUAA